AUGCUUGAGCUGGAGCCUGGGCUUGUGGAAAAGUUGACGUGCGUCUGUGGCCACGAUGCCAACAGCCAUUCGCAGAAGCCUGCUGCGGUGCCUGCUCCAACACAGCUGGCGCUGGGUGCUCUGGAGACCUUCUCCGAUACCGAGGAUGCCGGCAUGUGGAAUGUUCUCCAGGGAGUAUGGAUAAGAAAGGAUGGAGAUGAUCCGACGACACAGCAGGUCAAGAAGGCCAAGAGAAGGGAACCUCUCCACUGCACGGCUCAACGCUGGCGCGGCCCCAGCGGAGGGCUGUGGGCUCAGUUGGAUGCUGCUAAGCAUGGGCCUGGCUGGGUGCUCAUCGAAGGCCCCGGCUUCGGGUUGACUGGGCCGCUGCUGCAGCGCGCGGCACCGGCCACCUGA